CGUGGAGCUGCAAUUGCAAUGGAUGCUUGUGGUCUGAUGUGCAGCCCCCUCUGAUGUGCUCAGAUGAGCCAAGUUUGCAAGGCCUGGCUCUCGGUUGUCAUAACCAUGGAACCACAGAAGCGUUACCCAGACAGAAGGAGCCUUUGUCACCUGGACUUCCUACCAAUGACACAGGCAGUGGAAGUCAGCAUCCCAAGCAUCCAUGAAACCCCUGCACAGGACUGGAAGAAAAGCUUGAUGUCUGUGCCAAGGGAGACGUACACUGCACUUGCGCUGCCUGGACGAUGUGGAAACUGGAAAUUCUGGGGUGUGCUGAAGCAUGCCCUCUCAGCUUUCGCUCGUGGAAGAACAGAGCAAAGUGACAAGAAACAGCUGCGAGUUCAAGGAAUUGUCUACCUUGUUCUGAUCUCCUGCCAGUUCCAGCUUGUUGUGCCUGCUGUGAUGGGCGUCGCGUGCAGCGAGAUCAGCUGUGGGCCUGACAUGACACGGAUGGAGGCUGAGAACAACGGGAAGCCCCUGCUGGUCCGUGAGGAGUCAUCUCUUAAUAUCCCAGCUAUUGGUGCUGCCCACGUUAUUAAGAGAUACGUUGCCCAGGCACCGGGUGAACUCUCCUUGGAGGUGGGAGACCUCGUGUGCGUCAUCGAUAUGCCGCCUCAGGAGCUGAGCCCACGCUGGAGAGGCAAGCACGGCUUUCAG